GUGGUCCUGUGACACUGUACGUGAUUGGCGGGAGGGUUCGUGUGUCUGACUGAUUGGGAACCUGCUACUGGUCCCCCCCACACACACACACACACAUACACACACAUACACUGAGCUGCAGUCAGACGGACACAGUCUCUCCGCCGACGCGGCAGCAGAGGGGAAAACAAACUCUUUCUCCCGUCGCCUAGAAACCAACAACGGUCGGUAGAAGUGAGGUUUUGCGACGGGAUGUUAAACCCGAAAUGCUACUGGUUAGUCUGAGAAGACAGCUAACAGCGAGGAAGAGACUGCCCGGAGUGGGUGAACUGUGACAGCAGCUGGACUCGCACGUGGAAAGCAACGCCGAAACACGUCGUGAAGAGUGGAUCUUGUCCUCUCCACUUUAACUGUUCGCCAGCUGUUCACCCCUGCCUACUUCAGAGAUGAGUGCCAAAUCAGCCAUCAACAAGGAGGUCUUCAUACCCCACGAUGAGAAGAUGCUUGCUGCUGUGCAAGUAAGGCGGAGGACCAAGAAGAAGAUCCCCUUCCUGGCCACUGGUGGUCAGGGAGAUUACAUGACCUUCAUCUGCCUCUCAGUGACGAAUAAGAAACCAACCUCUCUAUCCAUCACUAAGGUGAAGCAGUUCCAAGGAUCUUCUUCCUUCAUAAAAAGGUCACAGUGGACAAUUGACCAGCUACGGCAGGUCAACGGCAUUGACUCUAACAAAGACUGUCCAGAGUUUGACCUGAUGUUCGAAAAUGCUUUUGACCAGUGGGUUGCUGGUUCUGCAGGAGAGAAGUGCACCUUCAUCCAAAUUCUUCACCACACCUGCCAGCGCUACAGCUUAGCACGGAAACCAGAGUUCGUCAACUGUCAGUCUAAACUGCUAGGGGAAGACCAAGCUGUAGAUUCAGUCAUUUUCCGUUGCAAGGUCUAUUUGAACAGAAUGAGGAAAGAAUUUGUUGCACACCACGGUCAUCUACUAAGACAAGGUAACAGUAUUCUACACUCAGCUGCAGACAGUGUGACGAGUGCUGUACAGAAGGCCAGCCAGGCUCUGAAUGAGCGCGGCGAGCGAUUAGGUCGAGCCGAAGAGAGGACUGCAGACAUGAUGAACAGUGCCGAACAGUUCGCUGUCACUGCACACAAGCUUGCCAUGAAGCACAAGUGUUAGACCACUGCCAAAACCAACUGGGGGGUGGGGAUCAACAAUCGCCAGUUGCUGUACAGGAGAAGGAUUCCAGAUUUUAUUCUUUUUAAAAGUUUUUAAUAUGAUUACUAUUUGUUAACAAUGUUAACAUUUUAACGAUUUUUGGUUAUUGUAUUCUGGUGCAUUCUCUGAUGGUUAGGCAUCAAGCAGGGGAGGAGGAAGAGAGGAGGUAAACAACGCUACAACAGACUGUCAGCAGAGUGUUUCAUGCUUCUGUUUGCCAAAAAAAAAAAAAAAAAAAAAAAGUUAUACGCCACAGCCAUGACUGUAUUUCAUAACCACGGCCACUCAAAACACUUCCCCUCUUCAUAUGCUCAGACAUCAAUAUGAGUGCACACUUGCUGACAAAUCAUUAUCAGCAGUCACUCCAAGACAAGGAACAGCUUGUCUCACUGGUUAUUAAUUGUUGAGAGUUUUUCAUGAGCACUGCAGUGAUUAUGCAGUCUGAUGUAUUACUGACAGACCCUCUCAUUACAAAUAUAUGCACACAUGCAUACCUGAAGAUAGCCUUGAUGUUUUUCUUACCUGAUAUUUAUUAGGUUGUACCCAGAUAACUAUUUUGGAAAUACAUUUGGGGGAAAAGGAUGUGAGAUGAAAAUAAUCACAUCUGUGGAGAAAACAACAAUAACUACACCCCUGAACAUCAAAACAUCAAAAUAUUUAUUUUUAAUUUAUCAUUUCCUUCUCUCCUUGGACUCCUGGACAUUGCAGUCUUUCAAUCUGUUUUGUCCAUCAUUUCAAAAAUGUAUCAUAACAGUAUUAGUCAAAAUGUUUUCAAAAUAGUGUUUCAUAACUGCAUAUGAGACCCAAUGAGUGGUUUGGGUGACAGAAUAUACGUAUAACAGUGAAACAUUUUAGUCCUCUGUUAGACCAUUUAAAACAACCAAAACGACAUUGAAUACAGUUUCCAACAUGUUUGGAAGUGUACUUUAAGAACUCAGUUUUGAAAAUUAGCUUUUUAAGUUAAGAGUGGGUGGCAUUUCAUUAAACCAGCUUCUGCAUUAUAAAAGCAAAACAUGUAAUUCUUCUAGUACUAUUAUCUCAAUGUCUGUAGAGCUAAUUUGUCCCAUGAAUGGAUGGGAUGUUUUGAAAUGAUUUCUGGCUGUAUUUCAGCUUAAGUAGUUUUACUCUAUGGUUUUUGUAGAAUUUGGGUUGGUCAUUAUAAUGGUGUGUAUUCUGAUCGAUAAAGGACAAAAUGUCUCAAAUAGCAGCCGCAGCAGCAGUGUGCAGUGGUGUAUUUUCUUUUGUGUCAUCGCUCUCACACUGACUGUAACUUUGGCUUCCUCACCCUCACAAUUGAGAUGUAUUUGAUUUUUUUUUUUUUUUAUAUUUUGAAUUUUAUAAUUCACAAUGUUAAAAUGCACCGACAACCUUAUCUUGCACAGCACUGUUGAGUUCAUACUGAAACGUUCCAGUUGCCUAACUGUUAUUGUGCUUGUAUUUCUCUCUUUAACACUUUGGAUGUUUAUUGUUUUAAUAAAAAGAAUAUAUAUAUAAAUAGUGUCCUUUUUAUAACCAGCUUUAACAAGUUCCAUCAAACAAUGGAAUCAGAAGUUGUACAUUUAUUUUGUUGGGUGUUCUUUAUCACUGUUAUUGCAUUUGCGUGUUUUACUCACCUGGAUUUUCUCUGCUCAUAAACAAUAAGCUGCCUAAAGCUUAAAGUGUCUAAUGGGUAAUUUUCUCUGUUUGAUGUGCUGAGUCUCACUACAUGCUCCAACAAUGCUCAUUUCACACUGAUAUCGAUUCUCUAUUAUACUGUAAGAUGUAAAAUAAAGUCCAAUCCACAAUCAAAAUAAAAUGGUUCUUUAUUAGUGCC